UUAGACUUUAAAUAUAUUUCCUGACCUUCGACGCGUAAAAUACACCACGUUUCUGCAAUUAUCACUAGGAAUCAGCACGGAAAUGAGAUGAAAAGAAGAAAGAUAUAUAAUGUUAUAUAUAUAGGGAGAGAUCAGGGAGAGUUGUAGUAGUAGUAAAUUUCAAUAAUAUGAGUGAAAAUCUUCUACCGGGUUUUAGGUUCUAUCCUACAGAAGAAGAACUAAUCUCUUUCUAUCUGCUUAAGAAGAUACAAGGCAAAGGGCAAGAACUGGACAUGGUUAUACCAGUUGUUCACAUUUAUGAUUACAGUCCAUGGGAUCUCCCACAAUAUGCUGGAGAGCUUUGUCGAGGAGACCCCGAGCAGUGGUUUUUCUUCUUUCCAAAGCAAGAAAGGGAAGCACGAGGAGGAAGACCUAAUCGGCUUACGAUGGAAGGAUAUUGGAAAGCCACCGGCUCUCCGGGAGACGUGUACUCGUCAAAUGGAACCAUUAUCGGUAGGAAGAGAACAAUGGUUUUCUAUGUAGGAAGAGCUCCUAAUGGAACAAAGACUUCAUGGAAGAUGAAUGAGUAUAAAGCCAUUGAAUUAGGUGAAGCUUCAUCAUCUAUACAGCCACAGAUAAGUGAAGAAUUCACUUUAUGCCGAGUCUACAAACAAUCAAAAUGCAUAAGGUCAUUUGACAGGCGGCCAUCACAGGCGGCAGAAGGUGGUCAGCCCGUGAUGCACCACCAGCAUGAUCAUAAUAACGAGGGAACGACGACAGUAUCAGAUAUUUUUUCGGGUAACAUUUCCCCCUCAGAAGACCAUGCUGCUAAUUCUGAUAACAACUGGGAUAAUAUUAUGGCUACUGGCGAUGGAUCCUUAUGGGACUGGGAACAAGUGAACAAGGAUUGGUAUGAUUAAAAAGUUGUAAAAGAUCCAAAAAUGAAGAAAUGGAGAGUGUACAAGUAAAAUUAAUGUAUCCUUUAUUAAUAAAGAAGCAAAUAAUUGAUUAUCGUCCAUGGAAUGGAUUUGCUCUUUUCUCACA